UGAAAAUGUCUUGCUGCACCCACCAACUCACGCGACGAUUGGGCAGCUGAGGACACCACCCAAAGCUGCACCUCAUGCUCAGCCUCAAGGCAAUCCUGGUUCCAAAUACCACCCGCCGCUGUCAGCCCUGAGUGCGGCUAUGUUGCAGGAAGACCGCUGUGCGCAACACCGUCAGCAUCAAUUUUCCAGACGCAUAAGUCUGGACCUGGUUGACCGAGUGUCACCGCCCCCAGCACCUGUCCCGCCGAAUCUGCAUAAUAUUGGGGAAAGCAUGCUGCUGUGGCAGCUGCGCGAGGCCUUCGACCGAAAUCUGAGCGAGUGCGUCCGCGACGCCAACAUGCGCAUUGACGAUGGCAACCAGAAGAUGCAAGCGCUGGCCGACGAGCUAGAGCUUAAGGCUUGCCGUAAUUCAUCUUAAGAGGCAUCUUUGGGCACGAUUUCAAGGGGAAUUCACUUCAAAGAUGCACUUUAAGAUGAAUAUGGAUAAGGUCUAAAGAGCGCAUGGCCGCUGCGCACGACAAAGAACGCG